ACAUUUAUAAUCAAUAUAAGCCUGGGAGUGGUUAUUCAGGAGUUGGCAGGUGGGAGAGAACCAUCCAGUUCCAAGUAUCCUGGAAUAUAAACUUUGUUUCCCAGCCAUGACCUUGGAGUCAACAGACUUGUGUAACCUAGAUGGUUCUGAUUCUACUAGGCGAUAGGUCAAAGGACACUCAGGUGACGUUACACGUUACAUCUUUGUUUCCGAUGUUCAGUGCCCUACUUUUGCAGACGUAAAACAGCCCGGAGGGUUUGGGGCAUUCUAAAUCAGGUGUUUCUGGCAGGAUUAUUUAACUCUCACUAUAACACUCACGACUUAAAUCUCUCAAGAAAGUGAUGACCAGUGGUUAGUUCUGAGCUUAGGUAGCAAAACUAAAAUUGGAAUGGGCUGAAUAAUCUAACGUCAGAACUACACCAUCUACCAGCAGGCCACCAAGAAGCAAUCUUUAUUUCAAAAGGAUGGGAAAACUUUCAGGAUGCGAAGGAGACAUCCUCUCUCACCUUUUCCAACAUUCUAAAAUGGCACUUCGCCGGGGGCGGGGGAGAGAGGGAGGUGUAACCAGGAAAGGAACAUUUCCUGAAGCUCUAUUGAGUUCCAGUCACAUGUUUAUAUCUUAGCUCGUAUGAUUCUCCUUACUGGGUAAGAACUUGUAACCAGAUUACCUGAAUUACUACUGCCUACCGCCACAAGCCCUGAUGAGCACACAGGAAAUGCAUCUUAGUUGUGCUUUACAUACAAUCCUAACUGUAGGGAAAGGGGCCAGGAGAAAAACACCCAUACCCUAACUUGAAACCAAGACCCCUUGGACUUAAAAUCCCACCAAUCCCAGACCAAUCCCAAGCCACCCUGGAAAGCACCCGCCCCCCAAUAACUCCUAUAUAAGCCCUGUAUUCUGUUGAGUUUGCUGCUGCUUCUUUACUCUGGCCACCCUUCUGGUGUUUUCCCUCCCAGUAAAUCUCUUCUGUGAGGUUUGCUGUGUGGUGCGACACUGCUGGGGAACUUUCCCCUAGCAGAGCAGAGCUGUAACACUUUCCCUGGGGAAACCCUCCCCCACCCUAACAGAGCUGUCACAAUUGCACUGGGGGAACUUUCCCUGGCAGGGCUGUAACACUUCCGCAGGGCGGGGCUGCAGGGCUUCCCACAGGGACUUUGUGGUAUUCCUUGGCUCCCGACUGCCAGGAAACCUUUCCAUCCGAGGUGCAACGCUUACAUCGCCCCGUCCUCGGGUCCCAUUCACGCUGCUAGUAUUUCCCGUUCUUCUGAGAUACCUAGGGUUUGUUCAAAGUGACACGCUGCAGCAAGUAAGAGUCAGAAUCCGAAUCCAAAUCGCAGGUCCGCCGCGGGGAAACUAAUGACCCCUGGCUCUCCUUCAGCACAGUGUCACAACUGGGAAGACAAGGUCCUGUGACUCCUGAAUCUUUCCGUUUUCACCCAAGUGGAUGACUGCAGGAGCGAGGCGACUGCCUGAGGGACCUCCCCCCAUUCCAGGAGAGAAACAGAUCGAGUCUGGCCAAGGGCAAAUCCCACGCGAUCUUCCCUAGCGAACCCCGGAUUGCGGAGGCGCCCGGGGUGAUUCCACAGUGCGUGGCAAGCCCCUUCGUGCCCUUCCGGUGCGGCCGUCCCGGGCUGCAAGUCCGUGGUUCCAGCCUGCCUCAGCCCAUUCUCCUGGUCUCCGCUUGGCCCUCAGUUUCCUUUGUUUCACAGAUUUCUCAGACCCCGUGUAAGAAGUACCCGGUUCCUGAUCGAUUUGGCAACCACCAACCUAUCACAAGAUUCCACAAGCUGCAGCCACCCUUCCUCCCGGUACUCCUCAUCCACCACAAAACCAGUGUACCUCCUGUCACAGACAGCUGAGGUAUCUUGCUCGGCUGGUGAGUUCCUUGUGUCCUGCCAACUAAGUGAGCCUUGAGCCUCCAGAGCGGUCUGACCCCAGGCUGUGGCAUUGUCAACAAAUCCCUCAAAACUCUGCCUAUGUGGUAUGAGGAGCAACAGCCUUUCGGUCCCUAUUAUAACUGUAGACACAGGGCUCCACCCACCAAGAAGCAAAGGAGAAUAAAACUAUACACACUGGCCUCCAUGAGGAAAGCACCUGCACAUCCAUCAGGACUCCCCAGGAAUCUGUGACAGUUUUAGACCAUGAUUCGGGUUUCUCCGAUUGGAGCUAAGAGGUCCCCAGGCUGUGAGUUUGGCCUUCCUCGUAGUUGGGUGACCUCACAUCUGUACUCAUGGCUCCCCAGGAUGGAGCUGCCUUCCUCACACUGCCUGUCACUCAUCCUCAUUGGCUAGAGGCACACGCCCCUUCAGCGGCCCUUCCACACAGUGAUAGUGCCUGCCGAGUCGGUCACACCUCAUGUCCUAAAGCCAAGUGUUCAUGAAGCUUCACAAGAACUCAAUCCAUUCUGAGACAGUGUGCUCAGGCCCCGGAGCUCUGCCUGUGUGGCCUAUCACUGACUGACUCCUCUAUACUUUGUGAACCUGUACCUUGAGGCAGAGUCAACUGGUCAUCUUUCCUCUGAGCUCACAGUGCCCAGGCCUACACAACCACAGUGCACAGCUCCCUGUGGAGCAAGUGAUGUUUCUCCCCUGGAUAAGCACCAGAGAAGAGGUGAAGGGCAGGAACCUCUGAGGCUGACUUCCCCUCACCCAUUCUCACCCCUCCCUACAAACCCUGGCUGAACAGUAAACACAGGUACUUGGCUCAAGGCAGAGAACAAAGUGCAGCCUUAUCCCCUUCAUAAGAGACCAGGUGCCCAGUCUGUCCACAGAGUGUCUGUCCUGAUCUCAGGUGUCUGGAGCAGGUGUUCCACAAACAGCCUGGGAAGCGGUGGAACAGCCAUGGUGCUGUUCACUGGAGAUGGCCUGUGGUCUGUGGUCAUAUUCACGGCCAUCUUCCUGCUUCUGGUGGACCUGAUGUACCGACGAAAGUUCUGGACUGCCCGCUACCCUCCAGGCCCUUUGCCACUACCUGGGCUGGGCAACCUGCUGCAGGUGGACUUUGAGAACAUGCCUUACAGUUUGUACAAGCUUCAACAACGCUAUGGUGACGUGUUCAGCCUGCAGAUGGCCUGGAAGCCCGUGGUCGUGAUCAAUGGACUGAAGGCGGUUCGGGAAGUGCUGGUCAACUGUGGGGAGGACACCUCUGACCGCCCACCAAUGCCCAUCUAUGAUCACCUGGGCUAUGGGCACAAAUCUAAAGGUGUUGUCUUAGCACCUUAUGGACCUGAGUGGCGAGAGCAGCGGCGAUUCUCUCUGACCACCAUGCGAGACUUUGGCCUGGGCAAGAAAUCACUGGAACAGUGGGUGACAGAGGAGGCUGGCCACCUCUGUGACGCCUUCGCCAAGGAGGCUGGACAUCCCUUUAAUCCCACCAAUCUCCUGAAAAAAGGUGUAUGCAAUGUGAUUUCAUCCCUCAUCUAUGCCCACCGCUUCGAGUAUGAAGACCCUUUCUUAAACAGGUUGCUCAAAACAUUACAUGAAAGUUUUGGAGAGGACUCUGGCUUCACUGCUGAGGUGCUGAAUGCUGUCCCAGUGCUUCUUCGCAUCCCUGGGCUGCCUGGAAAAGCUUUCCCCAAAAUGACAGCUUUUGUAAAUUCACUGGAUAAGAUGUUGAUUGAUCACAAGACAUCCUGGGACCCUGCCCAACCUCCCCGAGACCUGACAGUGCCUUCAUGGCCUGAGAUGGAGAAGGCCAAGGGGAAUCCUGAGAGCUCCUUCAAUGAUGAGAACCUGCGCAUGGUGGUGUUUGACCUGUUCACUGGCAGGGAUGGUGACCACAUCAACCACACUGUCUGGGCCCUGCUGCUCAUGAUCCUGCACCCGCAUGUGCAGGAGUGA